GGGUUCUGUUUCCUGGCGCCAAAGCCCAGAUCCUGAGCACAGUGCUGAGAGCCGCCCCAGCUGGCUAGGCUGUCCUGCUUUAGGAUUUCUACUGGCUGCAGGCUGCGGGAAGCACCCGGGGAGACCCUCCAGCGACAAUGAAGGCACUGACCUUUGAGGAUGUGGCUGUGGACUUCACCAUGGAGGAGUGGGCUUUGCUGGAUCCAUCCCAGAAGAAGCUCCACAGAGAUGUGAUGUGGGAAAACUUUAGGAAUGUGGCUUCUAUAGGAAGAAAGUGGGAUGACCAGCAAAUUGAAGAUGAGUACAAAACUUACAGGAAUAAUCUAAGAAGUUCAGAGAUAGAUAAAUGCUGUAAAUACAACACUGAUCUCAAAUCAUGUGAGCUUCAUGAGUUUGAACAGAACCUCUCUAAUUGUAACAGACAUGGAGAAACCUCCACUCCUUUUCAGUCCGUGCAGAAACAUGCAAAGACAAAUCCUAAGGAAAAACCCUAUGGAUAUAAGCAAUGUGGAAAAUCCUACUCUGAUUGCACUAAAGGAAGUAACACUGAAGAGGAAUCCUCUGUAUAUAAGCAAGAUGUGAGAAACUUCAGUACAUCCAACUAUGUUCAAAUCCAAGAAAGAAAUCACAGUAGGGUGAAUACCUAUGUAUGUAUACAAUGUGGAAAAAAUUUGAAUUCUCUCCAUGAUAUUCAGAAACAUGAAAGAACUCACACUGGGACAAAAUCUUACAUAUAUAAACACUGUUCAAAAUCCUUAAAUAAUAACACUUCAUUUGGUAAUCCAAAAAGAACUUUCAUUGGAGGAAAAUCCUACCUAUGUAAGCAUUGUGGGACAGCUUUCAGCACACAGAGUUGUUGUAAAAAACAUGAACAAACUCACAGUGCAGGUAAAUCCUAUGUAUGCAGUCAGUGUGGGAAAGCUUUCAGCAAACGGAGUCAUUAUCAGAGACAUGAACGAACUCACACUGGGGAGAAACCCUAUGUAUGUAAGCAGUGUGGGAAAGCUUUCAGCACACAGAGUUACUGUCAAAUGCAUGAAAGGACCCACACUGGAGAGAACCCCUAUGUAUGUAAGCAAUGUGGGAAAGCUUUCACAACACACAGUUAUUGUCAAAUACAUGAAAGGAUCCACACUGGGGAGAAACCUUAUGUGUGUAAGCAAUGUGGGAAAGCUUUCAGGAGACAGAGUUACUGUAAGAGACAUGAAAGGACCCACACUGGGGAGAAACCCUAUAUAUGUAAGCAUUGUGGCAAAGCUUUCAGUAGGCAUAGCCAAUGUAAGAUACAUGAAAGAAUUCACACAGGGGAAAAACCCUAUGUAUGUAACCAAUGUGGGAAAGCUUUCAGCCACCACACUACAUUUAAGAUACAUGAAAGGAACCACACGGGGGAGAGACCCUAUGUAUGUAAGCAAUGUGGGAAAGCUUUCACCACACACAGUUCUUGUCAAAUACAUGAAAGGAACCACACAGGGGAGAAACCUUAUGUAUGUAAGCAAUGUGGAAAAGCUUUCAGCACACACAGUGAAUGUAAAAAACAUGAAAGGACACACACUGGGGAAAAACCGUAUGUAUGCAAACAGUGUGGGAAAGCUUUCCGUACAAACAGUUAUUGUCAAAGCCAUGAGCGAACUCACACUGGGGAGACACCCUAUGUAUGUAAGCACUGUGGGAAAGCUUUUAUCGGGCAGAGUCAAUGUAAAAUACAUGAAAGGACUCACACUGGGGAAAAGCCCUAUAUAUGUAAGCAGUGUGGGAAAGCUUUCAGCACACAGAGUUAUUGUCAAAUUCAUGAACAAACUCACAGUGGGGAGACACCCCAUGUGUGUAAGCAAUGUGGGAAAGCUUUUGUCUCAUACAGGAAUUGUCAGAUACAUGAAAGGAUUCACACUGAGGGAAAACCCUUUGUAUGUAAACAAUGUGGGAAAACUUUCACCAAACACAGUUCUUGUCUAAUACAUGAAAAGAACCAUGCUGGGGAGAAACCCUAUGUAUGUAACCAAUGUGGGAAAGCUUUCAGCACACACAUUUAUCUUAAAAAACAUGAAAGAAACCACACUAGGGAGAAACUUUUUAUAUGUAAGUAUUGUGGGAAAGCUUUCAGGACACACAGUAACUGUCAAAUACAUGAAAGGACCCACACUGGAGAAAAACCCUAUGUGUGUAAGCAAUGUGGGAAAGCAUUCAGCACACACAGUUACUGUCUAAUACAUGAACAAACUCACACUACAGAGAAACCCUAUAUAUGUAAGCAAUGUGGGAAAGCUUUCAAGACACAGGGUUAUUGUAAAAUGCAUGAAAAGACUCACACUGGGGAGAAACCCUAUGUAUGUAAACAAUGUGGGAAAGCUUUUACCACAAACAGUAACUGUCAAAUACAUGAAAGAACCCAUACUGGGGAGAAACCCUAUGCAUGUAAACAGUGUGGGAAAGCUUUUACCACACAUGGUUCUUGUCAAAUACAUGAAAGGACCCAUACUGGGGAGAAACCCUAUGCAUGUAAACAGUGUGGGAAAGCUUUCACCACACAUGGUUCUUGUCAAAUACAUGAAAGGACCCACACUGGGGAGAAACCCUAUGUGUGUAAGCAGUGUGGGAAAGCUUUCAGCAGACAAAGUUCAUGUGUAAUGCAUGAAAAGACCCACACUGGGGAGAAACCCUUUGCAUGUAACCAAUGUGGGAAAGCUUUUGGCACACAUAGUGAAUGUAAAAAACAUGAAAGGAUUCACACUGGGGAAAAACCAUAUGUGUGUAAGCAAUGUGGGAAAGGUUUCACCACACACAGGUAUUGUCAAAGUCAUGAACAAGGUCACACAGGGGAGAAACCCUUUGAAUGUAAGCAGUGUGGGAAAGCUUUCAGCACAUACAAGAGUUGUCAAAGGCAUGAAAGUAAUCACACAGUAUAGGAACCCUAUAUAUGUAAGCAAUGUGGAAAAGCAUUUCAGUUACUCUACUAAUCAUAGACUUUGAGUAUAUAAUGUGGCUUGCACUGACAUAACAGGGCAGUGCAGAGAAGCCCUUUCUUUGUAUGCAAUAUAAGAAAAAUUUUCAAUACACAUGUAUUAUUACAUACCUAAAAGAAUUCAUAGAACAGAGAAUCUGAACAUAUAUGAACAGUGUAAAAAAUUUUAUUUUCCUCAGUGCAUUCAAGUUAAUUAAAAAUUCAACAAGAGGGAAGCCAUAUCUAUGCAAUAAAUCUGGGAAACCUUUUUAAUUUUCCACUUACAUUAAAAAUCAUGAAAGAACUGCCACUGAAUAGAAAGCCUGUGUAAAUGAAUGAAAGCUCUUUAUGAGUCUCACAACAGAAAACAUGCACAGACUCAAUGAGAUUUAGUGUAAAUACCAAAUGUGAGAUGUGAGAAAGCUAAGUAUCAGAAUGACAGAGACAGGUGUGUUAGGGAUGAGAUAAACUUUCAAAGCACACAUGCAAAGACAUCUUCCUCCAAUACAUCUAUAGAUUAAUGAACUGAUAAGGCUGAAAAGUGCAUUAUAAUGUUAAAUUCAGAAUAACAAAGUAGCUUGCAUCCAAGUCUUCAGUACAUGGCCUUUAAGGAUAUCCAUGCAAAGCAUCACCUUAGUUGUAUGGGUGAAGUUUAUUCAUACAGUGAAAUUUUAUUGAGUCUUGAAAAAAAUCCCCCAUUUGUGACAGAUUAAACAAGUCAUUAUGUGAAAUAUGUCAUGGAUAGACAAAGCUUGAUCAUCUUUGCUGUUAGCAUCUAAAAUUGACAACUUUAAAGAAGCAGAGAGUUUAGUGAUGGUUGCCACAUGUGCGGGUGGUGAAGCAGAGAGAUUUUAAUGAAAAAAAUAGUAUUUUUCUUUAAAGUACACGAUGUCAUCGAUCCCAUAAUGACUACAGUACAGGGUUUGAUGCAGUGCCACUUAGCUAAAAUUUUAGCUAAUUUGCUAAAAGUUGUUUUUAGUGCUUUCUCCAUGUACCCAAAAUGUAAUUGUGUUAGGUGAUGCAAAUGCUGCCAAGGAAGAAUGUAAUUUUACAAUGUAAACCAGAUCAAAUAUAUGAUUUUGUUAUUUUUCCUUUUUAAUGAAAUGAAUACAAUUAAAUAUAGCAA